AUGGCGAUUUGCAUCACAUUCGGAACACAUGAAUUUACCUCGAUGCUCGAAGGGUACGAGAAUGUCAGAGCAUACUGUUACAACUGCCAACACUGGAACGGACACUGUAUAACUCGGUGGCCGUGGUUUACCAUUUGCUUCAUUCCCUGCAUCCCUCUCUCGACACACAAGUACAAGGUGAUCUUUCCCCUCAAGAUCGAUCGACCUGAUAUCACGCCGGAUACGAGACCUCCGCAAGGCAUACCGCCAGGUCCUGCACCACCGCCACAGGCAUACUAUGCUGCUGGCGCUGCUGGCGGCGGUUAUCCGCAGCAGGGCUACCCACCCCAGGGACCGGGGCAGGGACAACCCCAGGCACCACCGCCGCAGAACUACGGCUAUAAAUGA